AUGGGCGAGAUUGGAGGACGUACGGGGGUUCGAUUUGUGCGUGGCUCGGGUGAAAUCGGUGAGCGAGCUUGCAGGCUGCCUGGUGACUAUGGGUUUGAUCCCCUGGGGCUCGGGAAGCAGCCUAAGGACCUGAAGUGGUAUGUUGAGGCUGAGAUCGUGCACUGCUGGUUUGCCAUGGCAGGGGUUGCCGGCAUCCUCGGAACUGAUGAUCGUGAUUUCGUGGUCGAGCCUAUGUCAACCACUGGUUCCACUCAGCCGAGCAGGCCAGACAUAAGGUCUUCACCUUCAGCAUCCAGUGAGAGUGUCAGGGCUCGCAAUUCAGGUUCUAGUUCCAGAUCAGCUGCCCCACCACCAGCAGCACCACAAGCAGGGGCUGCAAACCCUUUACGUUUCGAUGCAAAGACUAUACAUUUCUCCGUAAAUGCCUGGGUAAGGAAGAAGCCACCUUUCUCUUCACAGUAUGAAUGCGUAAUUGUGUAA